CCUUCCCGCGUUUCAAGCUUCUGGACGCCGACGCCAACGCUAGCAUCAAGCAGAUCAUCGUGACCGAGGCUUCCGCAAGGAAGCCCAAUGCCCGCGGGCUGAAGCGGCCCGCGGUGCCUUGGCAGGUGUCAAACGUGCCGAAGCCGCCCCCUAUGGACGCUCCUUGGGCCGCGUUGCGCCGCGAUCUGCCCGCAGUGGUCAUUCCUCGGCUCGCCCUGCAUCCUGUGGCCCCACAGGCGAAGGUGCCCAACGUGACCUUCUCGAAGACCAAGAACCACGGCGCGCAUCGCAUCAAGCUGCCGACGUCGACAAGUUCGCCGCCUUCCCGGCACGAAAGCGUCAGGGCCAAGACUCUGGGCGACCUUCGCAACUGA